UAUAAGGAUAUAUCUCUGCUUCUUGUGUCACUCCCAACAGGACAUCUCAACUGUUCAGAUCGCAACAGAACCUUAGGAGUCGUCAUGCCUUUGUCUAAGGUGUUUACAUUUCUUGGCGCGCUGGCAAUUGCUGUGCAGACCGUACCAGUGUCAAGCAUCGAGGAAAGCUACGGCCACUUAGCCGUAGCUCCCAUUUCUUACUCACACGCACCAGCCCUGGAAAUUUCGCAUGCACCAGUCGCCAUUGCUCACGCACCUUUAAUCAGAGGAUUGGAACCCGAAGCACCACCACAAUACGAAUUUAAGUACGGGGUUAAAGACACACAUACCAAUGACAUCAAAGAACAAGCUGAGAAGCGAGUUGGAGACAAAGUCGAAGGUUACUACAGCCUGGUUGAACCCGAUGGAACCACUCGUACCGUCAAGUACACCGCCGAUCACAACACUGGGUUCAACGCUGUAGUCACAAAGUCCGGACAGGCUGUUCACCCAGCAGCUCCCGUUAGGGUGGCAGGUCCUGUUCCCAGAGUUGUGGCUGCUCCCGUGAUCUCAUACGCGCAAGAGCCGAUAAUCUCCCACGAAGCUCCAGCGUUUAGUCUGGCCGGUUACGAUCAUCAGCCAGAAUUUGCUUACCACUAACAGAAUGAUGAAACCAGCAAAUUAACACAAAUUGCUACGUGAUCCAAAAUUUGCUUUGCUAACAGGGCAUCCAUUUUAGUGUGACUUCAGAUUAAAAUAAGCUUCAUUAUGGCUAAAUGACAUCUCACUACAGCACUUACAAGCAUAAUUUGUCUUAUUUUUCGAUGGCUAUUACAAAACUAAACAAAACAUAUAUGAAUUAACUCUGUGACUACUUAAACCUUCGACUCUUUAAAGGCUGGACUGGUUAUCAUUUAACGCGCGACGUAUGGACUAUAAAAUAACAUUAGUUACUGUAUAAGCUUGAAGAAUUUAUACUUAAGCAAAUAAGAAUUAUUCUUGAUUCUUAGUAUAAGUAAGAAAUUAAUACACUGAAGUAAAAGAAACUACUGCAUUCCUGUAAUCUGGCAGAGCAUAACGUAUUAUUUAAUCACUAUAGAUUUCGCUACUAAUUAACACUAUAAUGCGUCAUGUAUGUCAAUGUUACAUUAUUUGCGAGGAAUGUUUUGGUGUCAGCUUCUGGUAUUAUGACGUAACCAUUAUUUACCUUGAAGUGAACGGAUCUAAAAGAAACUGAUAUUAUUUGAUUAAAUGGGUAGUCACGGCAAGUGUACAUUAUCAGAUAGAUUUGGCUUUACUCAACGAAUAUCACCGACUUCAAAUCACGUUUAAGUGUUUAUCAUAACGUGGUAUCAUAAUGUUCUAUUACAAUUUUACAUUACAGUUACUUUAUCAUAAGCGUGAAAGUAAAAUAUGUAUUAGUUUUUCAUACUUUAUUAUCAUUAUAGGAAUGUAUUGUUAUCGUAUUCAUAUUGUUGAACACAUUUCUUCUAUCUAUCCUCAUAAAAAGCACCUUCAUUCAAAGUCGUAAUUACUUAUUUUUGCCUUAGUCUUCUAAGAGCCAAUAAGAAUUACGAUUCACAUAUAAAAAUACAUAACAAAUCUUGAUGGGAAAUUACAUAUUGUUAGUAAUAUUGUGUUACAAUUAAGAUUAAACGUCAAAUACGUAUUUUGAUAAUAAAUAUAUCCAAUACCA